UUAAGACUACAAAAUACCACAGUAAAACAAUAGCAGCGACUUGGUUUACUCAGUACUGUUACUCUGUUCACAACCAAGCUAUAAAUGGUCGUCUGAGUUACGUACAAUAUACAUAACUGAUCUUAACGUUGGAAAAAGUUUAAUACGGGGAGUUGUCCACGCCACGGGGCCUGUGGCAUUCCGGAGCUACCAGGAAACGCGUCUGUUGGCACACACUUGUUCGUCGGAGUUUAGAUAUGUGUACACCUGCAUGUAAUUAGUCUAUUACAUCAAAAGAAACCAUAUAACAAGUGCAGAGAAUAAAGGCGGUAAUUCCAGGAGAGACCAGUGUUCAGCUGAAGUUACAUGAAUGACAGCGACCGGCCCCGCACUAUGGAGAGAGGGACGGUCCCUUUGCGUCACUCGUCCUCCGUCCCAUUCAUGGUGCGCUUACCCCGACGGUACGAGGUCUAUCAACAACAGCCCCUGAGGAGGAGACGAUCCAGUUUACAGCUGAAUCCGGUGAGCGAUGACGACAACGUCAGAGUCCAUGACCUCAACAUGGCUAUACAGUGGCUGACACAGGAGCUGAUAUUUAUACGUCAACAUGACGUGUUGCUAAGACGUCUGUUUCACCAGAUCAGGAGGACUUUGACAAAUCUAACGAGAAGCAAGGAUUUAAGCAGUUCCUCUGACAAAACAUCUACGGACUGUUCCGGAGAAAGCCCAGACUUUGACGAUGACGAUUCCCCGAUUAGGACGUGUCUGUUACGAUCCGCUUCCAGCAACACGCUCUACGAUUCGGAUGACUCGGAUGAUUCCGAUGAGUUCCGUAAUCGCUCGUGUUUCCGUGACUCACGAGAAAUGGCCGCAGCAGCUAGAAGGAGAGGGAGUAAGGACUUGUAUGUCUGAUAUUAUGUAAAUUAGCUCAAACAGGAUGAUAACCACUGAGGAUAUAUAUCCGUCGCAACUAUGCAUAAUGUGGGGGUCAAGAGAAGAAAGAUAUGUAUAUACGUACAGUUAUGGUGUGCCAAUUUUUCAGUAUAGUCUUAUAUAGUACAGCACAGUCUCGUUUAUGACGACCCAUACAUAUCCUAUGCAUUAGCUAACAAUAAAGAAAAAAAAUAUACUAUAGUACCUUAUGACAGUUAUAGAUAAUCAGGUAUAAGGAAAUUAGGGGAGAACGAGGGAGGUGCUAGGGUAGCUAUGUAAAGCUUAACACAACUCGAGUCCUAAGCGCUCAUGUGUGCGAAAUGACGGCGUGACAUGGCUGGAAUUGUACUCCAAUCUUUGCGUGUAUGCGGUCAAGUUAAUGUCGUAAAAACUAUCCGAGACUGGGGCAAACGCCAUGUGACCAGCUGAGUUGAGUUGCGUGACUCUAGUGUAUGCCGAGCUUAAGACUACCACUCAGCCUACCGUGCUGGACAUACAACUCGAACACCAGGUGUUCUGGGGCCAAAUGUCUUUUCAGUUUAUCCAUUAGUGUGUUGAGUUUUGCGUGGUAUGUAUUAAUAAACUGUGUUAUUUCCUGAACAAUCUGAAAAAGAUUCAUUCGAAAUCUCUCAGAACGCCUCUCCGGCAAUUUAAGGGUGUAGAACUUCCGGUGUCAAGGUGACCACUUGAUCCCCACCUGUUGGAGGAUCCCUAGCUGCAUCAUUCGUCUAAAGCAACGCCUCGCUGAAGACCAUAUACAGGCACCUGGCUAAUAAGGUCGACCGUUGGUGUCCGCUUCCCAAUGGCUCGGCUGUGAUUUAUGUCAGGAUCUCUAAUAUAGAAGUAAACACAACAGUUUUUAAAUUGAAUUGUUCAAUUUAACCAAAAUUGUUGGGCUGGGAUGGAGUAACCAAAUCCCCU